AUGGCAGGAUCAGCUAUUGAGUCGUUUGGAGGAGCAGCCUCCGAUGAAGUCGGGGCUUCAUUUACGGAAAUGGAUGUCUCAGCAGCAGGAUCAGGUGUUGCCUCAACAGAGGGUGGUGUCUCGACAGAGGCAGGUGCAGUGACGACGGAAAGAUCUUCAAGUGGAGCGGGAUCAACGGGCGGACAGCGACUGGUGCAGCAGCGACUGGUGCAGCAGCGACUGGUGCAGCAGCGACUGGUGCAGCAGCGUCUGGUGGAGAAGCGACUGGUGCAGCAGCGACUGGUGCAGCAGCGACUGGUGCAGCAGCGACUGGUGCAGCAGCGACUGGUGCAGCAGCGACUGGUGCAGCAGCGACUGGUGCAGCAGCGACUGGUGCAGCAGCGACUGGUGCAGCAGCGACUGGUGCAGCAGCGACUGGUGGAGCAGCGACUGGUGGAGCAGCGACUGGUGCAGCAGAGACUGCAGCGACUGGUGCAGCAGCGACUGGUGCAGCAGCGACUGGUGGAGCAGCAACUGGUGGAGCAGCGACUGGAGGAGCAGCGACUGGUGGGGCAGCGACUGGUGCAGCAGCGACUGGUGCAGCAGCGACUGGUGGAGCAGCAACUGGAGGAGCAGCGACUGGUGGAGCAGCGACUGGUGCAGCAGCGAUUGGUGCAGCAGCAACUGGUGGAGCAGCGACUGGUGGUGCAGCAACUGCAGCGACUGGUGCAGCAGCGACUGGUGCAGCAGCGACUGGUGCAGCAGCGACUGGUGGAGCAGCAACUGGUGGAGCAGCGACUGGUGCAGCAGCGACUGGUGCAGCAGCGACUGGUGCGGCAGCGACUGGUGCAGCAGCGACUGGUGCAGCAGCGACUGGGGCAGCAGCGACUGGUGCAGCAGCGACUGGUGGCGCAGCGACUGGUGGAGCAGCGGCUGGUGGAGCAGCGACUGGUGCAGCAGCGACUGGUGGCGCAGCGACUGGUGGAGCAGCGGCUGGAGCAGCAGCGACUGGAGCAGCUUCAGUUGGGUCCAUUCUUAAAAUCCUUCUUCUCCAAAGAUAGUGUGCCUUUCAUGGUCAGAAGACCUCUAAUGGAUAAAUGGAAACAGAACGUGAGCAACAUGCGCCUCGAGAAGCCGUAUUGCGACCUUGAAGUGGGUCGUUGCCUGAACUAA